GUAAAUAUGAAAAAAUUUAACAACACAGUUAUCGAUUAACACAUGUGUUCAUCCUUAUAUUUGAUAAUAAUGGAAAAGGAAGAUCAUAAUAAAGUGUUGCGCACCUCGAAGGAGCAAAUAGAGUGCUAUCUAAAUUUUGUGCGGGUUCACCCGGAGAUAAAGUUGCACAAAAACGACCCAUCGCGGCCGAAAAGAAUGGAGGAGCUUUGGGCGGAACUCUCCCUGCAAUUAAAUGCCCUAAAAGGGCCCACUCGGAACACCACAAAAUGGAGAGAGAAUCUGAGCCAUUGGAAAAACCAAAUAAGGUCACGCGCAAGGAAAGCCAAGGCGCACAAGCUGGUGACAGGUGGCGGUCCCAGCUUAACAAGUGAGCUCUCUGAAACAGAGCAGAGAGCGUUAGAAACGUUAGGGUCAAUUGCGGUUGAUGGGUUGGCAGAUGUACCAACCAUUGGCACAGAGCUAAGAAUAGCAAGAAAGACCAAUACGAGUGUGCAGAAUUUAUAAUUGUUUUUUUCUUUUUCUAAUUUAGGAAGAAGUAGUUUUCACAGCUGCACCGUCACCUCUAAAUACGACUUCGGAUGCAUCCAAUGAUUGCACUCCGUCAUCGUCCCGUAGUAAAACAAUGACGACGGACGAAAUGUUCCGAAAUUAUAUGGAUUUAAUGGAAGGAAAAGCCGAGGAGGAGAGAGCUUUCCGUAUUCAAACUUUAGAUUCCAUUAAUAAACAAUCGGAAUCCAUUAAUAAUUUAGCGGCAGCGAUGGUAUUGCUUGCUCAGACCAUCGUAAAAAACACCGAAGAUUGUACAAAAAAGUAAAAAAUGUGCUUUUUUAUGUACAUAUUAAUUAUUUUGUUGUGAUGUUUUUUGUACAAAA